CAACGAAGGCGAGCAGAAACUGUCUCAUUCACUCACAAACCACUACGUUUGACAACCCCAACCACAAGCACAACAAGACACAAAACCAUUGGAGCUAUCAUGGAACUCGAAAAAGAAUGCAUCAACACCAUCCGUGCCCUCAGUAUCGACCAGGUACAAGCAGCAAACUCGGGGCAUCCCGGAGCUCCCAUGGGAAUGGCCCCCAUAGCUUACGUCUUGUGGAAAGAGAUCAUGAAGUAUUCUUCAAGCAGUCCCGAAUGGAUCAAUCGCGAUCGAUUUGUUCUUAGUAACGGGCAUGCUUCUGCCCUCCAAUACGCCAUGCUGCACCUGACGGGAUACGAAGACUCCAAGAUGGAAGACCUCAAGGGAUUUCGUGUGCUGGGAUCGAAAACACCGGGGCACCCAGAAAAUUUCAUGACGGCAGGUUAGUUCUGGAAAAUCUGAGUGUUGAUYAUUGGCGUAAACAUGUUUAUGAUCGUUUCGGCCUCCACUUGUAUGAGAAUUUUCGUCUAAUACGAUUUCAUCGUCCUUGGCAUGGCAUAUAUUGYCACUUCCACAAUUAUUUCUGUAUUUAUCAGGCGUGGAGGUUUCUACGGGUCCGCUUGGACAGGGUAUAUCGAAUGCCGUCGGMUUGGCCAUGGCCGAGACGCAUUUGGCCGCGACGUACAACACGGACGAUCACAAAAUUUUCGACAACUAUACCUACGUUCUGUGCGGAGAUGGYUGUAUGCAAGAGGGAAUUUCAGGUGAGGCCUGCAGUUUGGCCGGGCACCUGGGACUUGGRAAAUUGAUUGUUAUGUACGAUGACAACAACAUCACUAUUGACGGCGACACAACUCUAUCUUUCAGCGAAGACGUGGCAAAGCGAUACGAGUCAUACAACUGGCACGUCCAAAAGGUCGGUGAUGUCAACAAYGGGGUGGACGAUCUGCGCAAGGCCAUUGCCGAAGCCCAGAAAGUUACCGACAAACCUUCAAUUAUUUGCGUAAAAACUGUUAUUGGAGAGGGAAGCCCCAAGAAGGCCGGAACUGCGGGUGCUCACGGAGCCCCUCUCGGRGUUGAGGAAGCAGCAGCCACCAAAAAGGUAUACGGAUUGCCUAACCCAGAGGAGACGUUCCAGGUUUCCGACGCUGUCAAGGCCGUAUUUGCCGAUGCAGCCAAGAAAGGUGAGGAAGCACUGACCGCAUGGCAAGCUGUCAUGGACGCAUAUCAAGCUGCGCAUCCCGAAAAGGCUCAAGAAAUCCAACGACGAUUCGCCGGAGAGUURCCAGAGGGUGUCUUCGAUUCUCUUCCAAAGUUCGUGGUAGGAGAAGACAAGGAACUUGCCACGCGCAAAUACAGUCAGGAAUGCAUCAACGCGAUUUAUCCCAACCUUCCAGAAUUCGUCGGCGGAUCGGCCGACCUGACACCCUCCAACUGCACUUUCCCCAAGGGUGCCUCGGACUACCAAAUGGCGUCUCCYGAAGGAAGAUACAUUCGUUUCGGUGUUCGUGAACACGGCAUGGCUGCUCUGUGCAAUGGCCUCUUCGCCUACGGUGGAUUGCGUCCAUACUGUGCUACCUUCAUGGUUUUUGUUGGAUACUGCAUGGGCAGUGUACGUCUUUCGGCUCUUUCGAAAUUUGGUGUCAUCUAUAUCUUUACGCACGAUUCGAUCAACGUGGGACAGGAUGGGCCAACCCACCAACCGAUCGAACAAUUCGAACAAAUCCGUUCGAUGCCCAACAUUCACCUCUGGCGUCCUGCCGAUUCCGAUGAAAUGGCUGCUGCCUACAAGUCUGGUAUUCAGCGAAAAUCGACACCGACUGUCAUUGGCUGCUCCAGAUCCCCCACUACCGCKUUGUUUGGAUCCUCCAUCGACAACGCAAUGAAGGGGGCAUAYGUCGCGAUUGAGGCGGAUGGAACUCCCGAUCUCAUCAUUGUGUCGACCGGAGGAGAAGUUCAAUUCUGCGUGAAGGCCGUCGCUGACUUGGUAGCUCAAGGAAUCUCCACUUCCCUAGUCAGCAUGCCGUGUCAGGAUGUCUUCUUGGAACAAUCGGAAGAMUAUCAGAAAAGUGUCUUGCCCGGAAAYAUUCCCACGCUUUCGGUCGAAGCUGGCGCUACCCAUGGAUGGCACCGUUUCUCUCACGGGCAGAUCGGCAUGGACAACAUCUUUGGUGCUUCGGGCGACGGCAAUGCUGUGUACGCGCACUUUGGAUUCACACCCGAAAACGUUGCCGCCAAAGGAAAAGCACUCGUCGACUACUACAAGGCGGACGGAAAGACGGUUCCRAAUCUUCGGGAUGUACCCCACUUUGAACCAUUUGCGAAGCCGCAUUGAAUGAGUAGAUGAAAGACCGAUGGAGGAACGGGGACCUUGUCUCGUUUUGAGUAUUGAACGACUGUGAAUAAUAAUAUYAAUAAAAUACUUUCUUAAAC